UAUUUCCAUACCAAUGCAACACUGAAUACUAGCAUUCAUUACUCCACCAACCCAUACUAAAUUCAACACUUCCCUAAAAUUAAGCUUUGUGUUUCAUCUCUCUCUCUCACACACAUAUCAAAUGGCUGCAUCCUGCUAUGGAGUUUCCUCAGUCUUAGGCCGGAGCCCGGUCGACACAAGGGGUGGCUUGAACCAGCUACUCGGAGCUUCUAACUUUGUGCUUCCUAUCAAGAGAAAUCUCAAGUUUAGAGUGAGAAGCUCGGCUGAGCAGAAUGAUGAGACCAAAGAGCCGGCCGUAGCCCCUCCCACUCCAACACCUAUCCCUCCCAAGCCUAAGGUGAGCACAGACUUCUUCGACGUGUUGGCCUUUAGUGGACCGGGGCCAGAGCGGAUCAACGGCCGGCUGGCGAUGACCGGGUUUGUGGCGGCCAUUGCGGUGGAGCUGGCCAGCGGAAGGGACAUCUUCGCGCAGGUGCAGAACGGCGGAUUCCCGUGGUUCAUCUUCACCAGCGCGCUGCUCUCGGUAGCUUCCCUCGUCCCUUUGUUCAGCGGCCAGACGCCCGAAUCCAAAGCUGGGGCCGUCAUGACCUCGGACGCCGAGCUCUGGAACGGGAGGUUUGCCAUGCUCGGCCUCCUCGCUUUGGCCAUUACUGAGUAUAUCAAAGGUGGCGCCCUUGUGUCUCUCUAAGCUGGAGGAGCUACUAAUAUGUUGCAAAUACUUUAUGUAAUAGUAGUAGUAUGAUUUUAGAUGUUUGCCAGUAAUACGAUGAAUUUCAUCCUGUUAUUCUUAA